AUCAUUACAUUCGCAAGAUUUUGAGAGAGAAAUUAAAGAGGAAUUUAGUAAGACAAAUGGCACCUUCGUACACGAUGGCCGGAGGCAAUGGUCCGAACAGCUAUAGUCAGCACUCAACGUAUCAAAGAGCGUUGCUUGAAGUUGCCAAGGAAAGGAUCAAUGAAGCCAUCUCCACCAAACUCGAAACCAUCAGCUCAGAGUCCAAUCGCUUUAACAUAGCGGAUUUUGGUUGUUCCACUGGACCUAACACGUUCCUUGCAGUACAAAACCUAAUAGAUGCCGUGGAACAAAAGUAUCGUAACGAAACUCAGCAAAAUCCGGACGAUAACAUUGAGUUUCAGGUUCUCUUUAACGAUAAUUCGAACAAUGAUUUCAACACCCUUUUCAAAACACUCCCUCCGACCAAAAAAUACUUUGUUGCUGGAGUUCCGGGGUCUUUCUUCGGCCGUGUUCUACCUCGGGACAGUCUCCAUGUGGGACAUUGCUCUUACUCUCUUCAUUGGUUGUCACAAGUUCCCAAAGGUGUCGCAGAUAGAAACUCUCCCGCGUGGAACAAGGACAUUCAUUGCACCGGGUUCUCCAAAGAGGUUGCAGAAACGUACCUUGAUCAGUUCAAAAUCGACAUGGGAAGUUUCUUGAAAGCAAGAGGAGAAGAACUCGUGUCCGGGGGUUUGCUAUUUCUUCUUGGAUCAUGUCUACCGGAUGGAGUUAAAAUGUCUGAAACAAUGAAAGGAAUGCUUCUUGAUUUCAUGGGAACUUGCCUCCAUGAUGUAGCUAAAGAGGGAUUAAUCGACCAAGAAGAGCUGGACUCUCUCAAUUUCCCAAUUUAUCCGGCACACGUUGUAGAAUUCAAGAGUGUGAUUAAGGACAACGGGUGUUUCACAAUCGAAGCGUUUGAGAAAAUUAGUCAUGCUAACGAAGAAAUGCCAUUGGAUCCAGAGUUUUUGGCAACUUCAAACAAAGUUACAUUUGGAGGAGUUCUUGAGUCGCGGUUUGGUAAAGAAGCAAUGGAGAGGACAAUGGAGCUUAUAGAAGAGAAGUGUCCAGAGAUAAUUCCGCAACUUGCGAAUGCCAAAUCUGGAAUGCAAUAUUUCAUUAUGCUUCGAAGAAAUUGAUCCUAGAUGACCUUUUACCAAAAAAAAAAAAAAAAUUGAUCCUAGAUGAUCAAAAUGAAAGAUUGUGAUGUGUUUUUUGUU